GAAACGUCCAUGCAAAAGCGUUGAACCAUAGUAGGGCUUCAAAUUGUCUUGAUUGACAAGACGACUGGCCAAUGAGAAUAGAGGCUAAAUGAGGCCCCUCCUUUUUCAGCCAGUAGGAGGAGGGGCUCCGGUCUGUGCGGUUCGGUUGAGAGGAAGUUUUUACCGUUACCAAGCAGCGGAGAAACGCCAUGGCGGCUAAACAUCAGUGUUUCAGUCAUUGACCGUUGGUGAGCUAGGUUGCCAGGCUGAAGAAGAAAGAGUGACCACUCUUCCCUCACCGCUCCUCUGAAAUGAUGUAGCCGAGAAGCUCGUGUUCUUCCCUGAAGAGGACAAACGGAAACCUCCUCUAUCAUGGCCACGUCUAGUGAUCUGCGGGAGAAGCUGCGGAACAAACGGAGGGCCCUGCAAGAGUCUUUAGGAAAAGUGAAGGAUGACACUCAGGCUUUGGUUCCCUACGACUCCGAUGCGACUAAGGAGAGUGAUCACACUGCGGUGGAGGAACUGACUAGCAGAGGAGAUGACCCAGGCGAAGCCCUACGACGCUCACUGAAAGCACAGAGAAUGAAGAAGAAAAAGAAGCUGGUAGAAGAAAUGUCCAUGGAGAUUCCUCCAGAAGAGGAGGUGGUGAAGGCGGAGGUCACAACUGUGCAGGAGCUGCAGUUUGAGCAGGAAGAGCUUUCAGAAGACACCUCUGCAGAGGGAGCCCGCUCAGCCAGAUUACAGAGAGAUCUUCCUCCUCUUCCUGUUUUGAGGGCUAAUUCCAGUCUGUCAGAGAGCUCAAUGAGGCAGCGUGUGACAGAGAAGCUAAUAGUGGCCAAGUCCAUAGCUUCAAGAAAGAUGAAGCAAGAGGCUUCACAGGAACCACCCAGUCGGCUGCAGAGUCUCAGAGACAGAGAGCUGCUCACCAGAUUCGACAGAGAGGCUGACCCUGACCUCCAUGAGGCAGAACCCUCCUUUGCUGCCAGAGUGAAAUUUCAGGAUGCAGCCAGACGGGCCAUCAGGGAUAAGAGGGGAGAAACUGGGUUGCCCACUGCGGAGGAAGCUUACAACUUUUUUACCUUUAACUUUGACCCUGAACCCCAAGAAAGGCGAAGCAAGGGUCAAACAAAAACAAGAUCUAGAAGGAGAGAGGGGGAGGACCAGGAAGAUGAGCUAGACCAGGAGGAAGAGGAGGAAGAAGAAGAAACUGAGAUGGAGAGAGAACAGGAAGGAGAGGAGGAGUCCAGAGACAGGGAUGAAGAUGCCCCUCUGGUCAGAGAUGAAGAGGAGGAUCUAUUCAUCAUUGAUCAGUCGGCACAGGACUUCCUGGAAGUGAAGAAGUCGGAGUAUAUAGGGUAUAACAGACGUGUGCUGAGAGAGAGAGAGAUUCUCUUCACCCCCAGCAUGAGAGCAGUGCCUGCUUCCAGUAAGCUACCAGAGAAUGUGCAGCCCCGUUACCCUGAGGAAGAGGGCCUUUAUGUGGGGGAGAGACCACCUGUCACGCUGUCCAAUCAAAAUAUUCUGGAAAACCGCAUACUGAAGCAAGAUCAGGGCAAGAAGUGGUUUGGGGAUGACGGGAGGAUCAUGGCUUUGCCUGACCCAAUCAAAGAAUCUUCCUCAAGGCCACCCCUCUACCAUUUGGAGGAAGAACUCGACCCAGCAUUGCAGACUGUCUACAGAAAGGCGCUGAAGUCGAAGUAUGUGAACCGCUAUAUCGCAGGUGUUGGGGACACUCAGGGAGACUACCAGCUGGAUGUGGAUGUGUCAGGACUUAUAUUCUCCCAUCAUCCCCUGUUCAGCAGAGAGCAUGUGUUGGGGGCCCGUUUGGCCCAGCUGUAUGACCAGUACCUUAGCAGACAGCACAAAAACCUCACUUGCCUUCUCACUGAUAAGUUAAACGGUUUGAGAAACACUAUUCGUAACAUGCUGGAACUGCAUAGUGGAGAAGGUAUUAGUCAUGUGACCCAACACAGAAUAGCUGAGUACAAACAGGAAGUGAGACAUACACGUCAGCUUCGAGACUCUGAGCAGGAGAAGGACAGAACUCUACUGAAAAGCAUCAUCAAAGUUUGGAAAGAGCUCAAAGCACUGAGGGAGUUCCAGGGGUUCACAAACACACCCUAUAAACUCUACAUCAGAAAGGAGGAGGUGCAGCGAGCAUUGGAUGAGCGGGAGCAGGAGGCAGAGAUCCUGGCAGAAGUGGCAGAGCUGAAGGCAGAGAGUGAAGAAGACUAUGAGAGGAAGAUGAGUGAGUACAGGAGACAGCUGGAAGAGUGGAAAUCUUGGAGGAGGAAGCAGAAAGCUUUAAAGAAAAAGCAAAAGAAGAGAAGACAACAGUCUCAGGAUGUAAAUGAGGAGGAAGAUGAGGGCGAGCAAAGUGAGGAAGAGCUAGGUGAGGAGCCAGUUAAGCCAGAAGCUCCAGAGAAACCUGACAUAGCAGGACUGGAGCAGCAGGUACGCGAGAAAGCCUGUAGGAUCCGUAGGAAACCUGGAGAACCGGUUCUGGUUCCAGAGCUUACUGCCUCCAGUCCAGUCACGCCUAAUGAGCAGUGUCCACGAGGUGAAUUUGCCCGGAGAGAAGACGCAGCAAAGUGUUCUCUCUUCAUUAAAGUUUUGUACAACGACAAAGAAGUUUCCAGAACAGACAGCCGCUCUCUCAAUGCGGACUUCAGGGUUCACUUUGGACAGAUUUUCAACCUGAAAAUAGUGAACUGGCCAGAGAGCAUCAAACUGCAGAUAUACGAGAGCGUGAGCUCCUUCUCUUCUCUGUUAGCCGAGGUGUGUGUGCCAAUUCCAGAAUCUUCCGUCCUAACAGGCAGCGCUCCUUCUGAAGAGCUGGAGUUCAGCAGUAACCAAAGAGUCACCUUCAACCACGAGGGAGUUGGCAGCGAUGUUCCAUUCUCAUUUGCGGCUGAUGGCAGUAACAGGCAGACCCUGCUGACCUCGGGCAAGCUGUCCUGUUGUGUGUCCUGGGCUGUUGGGGAUGAUGACGUACCUCUUGCACCUCCCUCCAGCCAGUCUGGUGCUGACAUGCACAGUGGUUUGAGGCAGAUGGACGCUAUAGCAUGUAUUGGCGCAUCAGGUCUAAACGACAUGAAGAGGCUUGGGAAAUGGGCAGCUGAGUCUCGUCUUGACCCCAACGACCCCAACAAUGCCUCCAUAAUGCAGCUACUCUCCGUGGCAAGUGGAGGGGAGGUGGCCAUCCCUGAUUAUUUCAGACUGGAGCAGCUGCAGGAGGAGUUCAACUUCUUGUCCGAUGAGGAGCUGCAGCGUUCUCGUCGUUUCCGCCUGCUCAGGCUGAGGAGCCAGGAGGUUGCAGAAUUUCGCCAUUUUAAAACCAUUCCCGCCACCGAGCGGGAGAUAUCGGAGAAAGUGUUUGAGGAUUAUGAGCGCAGGCUAAAGGAAGGAGAGCUGGUCGACACAAAAGAACACAUAGAUGCUCACAGAGCCCUGGUGGCCAAGUAUUUGCAGAAGGUGCGGGAGUCAGUAAUUAAUCGCUUCCUCAUAGCAAAACAUCAUUAUAUACUGUCUGAUUUGGUUGUAGAAGAGGAGGUCCCAAGCAUCGGGGUUUUGGGCCUGAACUUGUUUAAGCUGGCUGAGCCCAAACGGCCUCUGAAGCCUCGGAGGAAAGAGAGGAAGAAGGUCACCGCUCAGAACCUUUCAGAUGGAGACAUCAAACUCCUACUCAAUAUCAUCAGAGGCUAUGACAUCCCCAUCCGCAAACCUCACACCAGCAAACCUGCAGCAGCUGCGAAAAGUGCUCGCUCCUACACUGAGACGUUCACAGCAACUGCAUCUUCUCAGACAGCACUGCAGGGCAACGACUGGCCCCUUGGCCAGCCUGUGAUCCGGCCCUUUGUGGAGGUGACUUUUCAGCGUACAGUUCUGCAGACUUCCACAGCUGAGGGGCCAAACCCCUGCUGGAAUGAAGAGUUGGUGCUGCCGUUCAGCGCUCCGAACGGAGACUAUAGCACCUCCAACCUGCAGGCAGUACGGGAUGAAGUCUUUAUCAACAUCUUUGAUGAAGUCCUCCAUGAGGUGGUGGAGGAUGAGAGAGAAAGAGGAAGCACUGUUCAUACUCGUAUUGAGAGACAUUGGCUGGGCUCCAUCAAGAUUCCAUUCAGCACUAUAUAUCUUCAGUCACGGAUUGAUGGGACAUUUAAGGUGGCCACACCACCAGUGUUGCUAGGCUACAGUAAGGAGCAGAGUCUUGGAAGUGAAGGUGGGUAUGACGCCAUCCGGAGCCUGAGCGAGGGCACCUUCCUCACCCUCUUCAUCACCAUUGAGCCCCAGCUUGUGCCUGGAGACACAAUCAGAGAAAAGAUGAAGGAUGUGAAGUUUGACACUCAGGAGGUGGAGCGUCUGCUGCUGGCAUGCGAGAUUUUUGAGAAGGAUGCAAGCCAGCGCUUUCCUGAUCGACCCUGUCUUACCACAGUUGUGGAUAUCAAUGGCAAGUCUGUCUUCAUCACACGCUUCAUAAGACCCCUGGCCCCUCCAAAGGAGCUGCUGGAUGCCUUCCCCAACAACCUGCAGGAGGCAACGGAGCUGGUCGCUCGAUACGUAUCUCUCAUUCCAUUUCUGCCAGACAGCGUGUCUUUUGCCGGCAUCUGUGACUUGUGGAGCACUUGUGAUCAAUUCCUGACAUUGUUAGCUGGAGAUGAGGAAGAACAUGCGGUGCUGCUCUGCAACUACUUCUUGUCCAUGGGCAAAAAGGCAUGGCUUAUCAUAGGAACUGCCAUCCCUGAAGGUGCCACAGCAUAUGUUCUGACCCAAGAACAGAACCGGUACUUGAUUUGGAACCCCAGCACAGGACAGUACUAUGGACAGUAUGACACAUUCUGCCCCUUGCAGACUAUUGGAUGCCUGGUCAAUGCAGACAACGUGUGGUUUAAUAUCCAGGUUUAUGCUGCUCCUAUGAGGAUGAGUUUUGAUGUUACCAAACCAAAGUUCUGGAAGCCAUUCUUCUCCAGGUCAUUCCCUGAUCCUGGCCUCUCCAGUGUGCAGCCAGAGGAGCUGGUUUACAGACGAAUAGACAAAGCAGCUGCUGCCGAAUUACAGGACAGGAUAGAGAAGGUGCUGAGGGAGAAAAUCAUGGAGUGGCGCCCACGACACCCAACCCGCUGGAACCGCUACUGCACGGCCACAUUACGACAGUUUCUGCCAAAACUAGAACUGAGCGGGGGUCGUGAGAUGGCUGAGGAACAUCGCCUUGAACUGCAAAGCCUGCUGGGAGACUACAGGAUUUCUGGGUUUCCUCUGCACCUUCCUUUCUCCGAGAUCCGACCAAUCAUUGAAGCCGUGUAUAGCACUGGAGUUCAUAAUGUGGAGACCCCCAACGUGGAGUUCGCAUUGGCUGUGUAUGUGUACCCGUACCCCAGUAACGUGCUUUCUGUCUGGGUCUAUAUUGCCUCGCUGGUCCGCACACGCUAGCUUUCGGUAAGAAUUUAUGAAUGUAGCAAUUUUUCUGCAGUGUGUUUAUAAAUUGAUGUUUACCUUACUAGAUUCACUUUUAAUGUUAAUGUAUGUAUUUAUGAUGUAGUUUUUUAAACCGUUUAUCAUGUAAUUUUGUACAGAAUGUCAAACAAAAUUUUUGUCAUUUACAUUACAAUUUUGAGAAGCAUCCAUGAUUACCUUUGCCUUGAAAUUGCACAUCAAAGCAACAUGAGCAGAACAAGUUAAAGAUGUUAUCUUUUAAAUCAUUAAAUUAAGUAAAACUCUAAAUGGUG